AUGUCUGAAGUUGACGGGAGCAGAGUGUCUUUUAUGAUAUUUUGCUUAAGGAAUCACUGUCCCCUGAAGACACUUCUGUUUUUCCCUAUGACCUCUGGUUCCCCACAUAGCAUAGUAUCUUUUCCAAUAGUUUCUUUUUCCAUGUCAGGGACGUUUUUAGCUAUUAUCUCUUCAAAUAUCUUCUUAGACCCUUUCUCUCUUUUCUUCUUCUGGGACCCUUAUAAUGUGAAUGUUGAUGUGCUUGAGGUUGUCCCAGAGGUCUCUCAGACUGUCCUUUCUUUUCAUUCUUUCUUCUUUGUUUCUGUUCUAUGGCAGUGA